GCUGUGCUCCGUGCGGCGUUCUGCUGAAGGGAUGAGGGCAGCGGAUUCAUGAACAACAGACCCAGAUGCUGAUGAGAGAAGCGCGGAUACACGAGGGUGUCCGAGAAUGCCACGAAAAGAAUAGAGUUUCCCUUCAUUUACUCUGAGGGAAGGCAUCUUUGUGUCUUUGACUAGGCUGUUUGUUUUUGACUUGAAGACAUAACUGCGGCUAAUGCUGCAAAUCCUGACGUUACAAUGCAGCGGGGGCUGAAUGCGCAAGGCAGCGGUAUACCUAUCUCAGAUCCGAUGGGAUCGUUUAAGAGGAGGAAAAGAAAGUCCAUCAUAGUAACAGUUAUGCUCCUUAUUGUCUCCAUACUCAUCUUGGUCUUUGGUCUGGCGGCUACCACCAGGACGCAGAACAUCACUGUUGGUGGCUACUAUCCAGGAGUCAUUCUCGGCUUUGGGUCUUUUCUGGGAAUCAUCGGCGCCCAUUUGAUAGAGAAUAAGAGGCAGAUGCUGGUGGCUUCAAUUGUCUUCAUCAGCUUUGGCGUUGUGGCUGCCUUCUGCUGUGCUAUAGUGGAUGGCGUUUUUGCUGCAAGACAUAUAGACCUCAGACCUCUAUAUGGUGGCCGAUGUGAAUAUUACUCCAGUGGGACGGCAUUUGAUGUAGAUGUCCACUGUCAAACUGGAUCUCGGGUCUCGUGUAACCUGCGUGUGAAGAGCAACACCUGCUACUGCUGUGAACUUUACAACUGUGGCAAAGAGCAUCCUCUUAUGGGACUUCAGAAUAAAGAUGUUUUGAAAAAAUUUAGGAAAUCCUCCAUGAUUUGGAACCGAGUGGAGCUGCGAGGAGGGUAUCAUGAGUACACAGAGGUGCGGAGCUGCCAGGAUGUUGUCCACCUUUAUCACCUGCUGUGGUCUGCUACUAUCCUCAACAUCGUGGCUUUGUUUCUGGGCAUCAUCACCGCAGCCGUGCUGGGUGGCUUCAAAGACAUGAUGCCGACAGCAGCACCAGAUUCCUGUGAGCCGGAGCCUCUUCCAAUCCCUCCACCACCAGAGACUCCUGGACCCACCACCUCCAACAACUCCUUCUACAACACUGCCCCCUGCUUACCUCCAUACACUGCCUAUGACCUUCAGGGGGCCAGCUUCUUUCCUGACUCUUCAGGCUUGUCUGACGAUUCCCAGUCUGGAGCCAGUCACAUGUGGCCAAAUAUGAUCCCUCCUCGUUAUUCCCCUCCUUAUUACCCACCCGAUGAGAAGCCCCCACCAUACAGCCCUUAAGGGGACCACUCUGACCAAGACAUUUUCCUGCCAAGACGGAACUGGCACUGGGCAUUUUUUGAUAUUAGUGUUCCACGUCAUUCUCCUGAAUGCAGCGGAGGCUCACCUGUGCGGCAGGAUAAGUAUAGAGAGACCACAGCAUUAACCACAGGCAUUCAUCAUCAAAUACAGCAGAUGUAAUAUGCAACAUUAAUCCUUGACAAGAUUUGCUCAAGCCAACAAACCCGAUGUGUAAAAUAACCAUGUUGUAUAGCCUCAACGCAAGAGGACGGCGUGUAGUAACGGACUACGAGACUGUUCACAGAUAAGCCUUAAACCGUGUGUCCGCUUCCAGUACAGCUCCUUCCUGUUAUUGGUAACGUCUGUGGGUCUCCUACUUGUGAUUUCCUCCAUCACACGAACCUUUCUCCCUUCCAAAGUGGCACAAAAGUGUUUUAUCGUGGCCUCUGCUCUCUCGGCACGAGGAUGAGUCUCGUAUCUUAUAUCUUGCAAUUGAUUUGCACUUUAUCGUCUUCAGAGUCUACUGUAUUCACACAGUUCUAGAAAUAUUAGAGUUAUUUUUAACUGUUUCAGGCAGCUAGAUUGCAAAGAACUGUACAUAAGUUUAGGCUGAAACUGAUUUUCUUUUCCUUCUCCUGAGCGCUUCGGUAGGAUCUAAGAGCGCUCCUGUAAUAUGUGCAUCACAAUCAUGUCACAGAUUCAUCUUCUGUGACAUCUUUGCUUGACUUACGCAAAGUAAUAACCUACACGAGAGCAAUUUCGACUCGUACAUCAUGCAUUUAUCAGCGAUUUUGUGUCGUUUCUGUCUUAAAGUGACAGGAUUUAUCGAAUGUAAAAAGGAGGCUUAGCUUUAUAAGUAACCGUUACGGAUUUUAACACUUAUUGUUCACUGCGUAAUAGUAAUAAUAACACAAAGUCUUUCCACAUUGCAAAUAUGAUAUCAGUGCGCAAUGCUGUACAUAUUACCGAACAAUCAAACUGCCUUCUCGUAACACAACACAAUUGAGUCUUAAGACUUGUAGUGUUCUCCUUUUUUGUCUGUUUGUGCGUUCACUGUGAAUGUCAAGUCACUGUACUUUUCGUGCUCGAUUUAUAUCAACAACAGUGUCCUUUACUGAAGUGAGUAGAGAUAUUACAACAAAUUCAAUUGUUUGGACGACUUUUGGGUGCAGCUGGUAAAAAACACUAGUCACAUGCUACUAGUAUAAUGAAGGAUCUUUCCCCUCGAUUGUUCAUUUUUGAGCAUAUUCAUGUGACAUUGUUUACCUUCGAUGUUAAAAAUCUUCAAAUGAAAGACUGACGUAGACGUUUUUUUAUUUUUAGCUUGGUUAUCUUUUAUCCUGCAUCAUGCACAUUGCAGAUUAUAUUCAUAUAAUAUCAUUCGUUGACUGCUAUACAGAGACAGGAAUGCUCGUACCAUUGACUGGUCGUUAUCAUACGUUCAUGAUGCUCUUGGAAAUAAAAUAAAUACAUGUGUA